AUAGGUAGGUACCUAACAAAUCAAAUCAAUGUCUACCACUAUUUGUGGCAUUAACAUCAUUGAGUUUUUAUUACAUUUAUUUUGAAAAUACAUGGCUACUUAUACACGGAAAUACGCUUUACGCACGCUCAUGUGAGGUAAAUUAAUAAUACUAAUCAAUAUAACAUGGAUAUGCAGAGAGGCUAAUAAAUUGUCGCAAAUAUGACGGCAGAAGCUCGGGUGAUGGGUCGUCGUUUUGUUCUAACAUUGGUGAUUGGGAUAUCAGCGGGAUUUAGUGUCGCAUACAUAUUCUUAACAUCUACAGGACACGGCAGAGAUGUAGUUUAUUCUCAGUACAGAGAAUCGGCAAGAGAUCUAGAGAAACAUCCCAUAUCGAAUCUGAUUGAACACAGUAGCGAUGAGCCGGCGCACAGAAAUGAAGACAGAUCGGUCGCCGAUGAGUUGGCGAAGAAAGUCAGGGUGCUAUGCUGGGUGAUGACCCAACCUGUCAAUCAUAAUAAAAAGGCCAGGCAUGUGAAAGCGACGUGGGGGAAGAGGUGUAAUAAGCUUAUAUUCAUGAGCUCGGAGGAAGACGAAUCUCUGCCGUCGGUUAAACUGCCAGUCCACGAAGGUCGGGACUAUUUGUGGGCGAAGACGAAGGAGGCGUUCCGAUACGUUUACGAGCAUCACCGGCGGGACGCUGAUUGGUUCCUCAAAGCUGAUGAUGACACUUAUGUCGUGGUAGAAAACCUGCGUUACAUGUUGGCCGACCACGACCCUGGUCAACCCAUGUACUUCGGGUGCCGAUUCAAACACUUCACUCAGCAGGGUUACAUGAGCGGUGGUGCGGGUUACGUUUUAAGCAGGAACGCGCUCGAUCGCUUCGUGAACAAAGCGCUGCCGUCGCCACAUCUGUGCAAAGUGAGCGAACACGGCGCUGAAGAUGCGGAGAUGGGUAAGUGCCUGGACAACAUCGGCGUGAAAGCAAUGGACUCCAGGGACAGUUACCAUAGAGGCCGGUUCUUCCCCUUUGUGCCUCACGACCACUUGUUCCCUAAUAAGGACAAAGACUUUUGGUACUGGCACUAUAUCUACUAUCCUACUGAAGAUGGUCUCGACUGCUGUUCCGACCACGCCAUUUCCUUCCACUACGUAUCACCAGACAUGAUGUAUGUGAUGGACUAUCUGAUAUAUCAUCUCAGACCUUACGGCAUCAGCUUUGGCACCGGUGAUCUACCAAAGAUACUUAGAAACAGCACCAAAGAGAUUACUACAAAUUAGUUUUUAAUGUCAACUGUGAUUUUUUAUAAGAAUAAGUAAUUUUUCAAGAUGUUAUAGUCUCUGCCUACCACUCCGGGAAAGAGGCGUGAUUUUAUGUAUGUAUGUAUGUAUAAGUCAUUUUUAGUUACUAUUGUUAGGAGACUGUUGCUGUGAUCAGCGGGGUGUGAUAUACAUAUAUAUAUAUAUAUAUGACAAUUUGGCACACAUAACAAAUUGUAGUACAAAAAAAUCAAAUAUAAAGUUCAAGGUUCUUAGCUUUUAAUGGAUCUCUGAGGACGAAGGGCCCCGGGUACGACCCUCGGGUGCCUUAAUGGUGAAGACAGUGUCUUUAUUUACGCCAUUAAAGGGUUUUACACCUCCUGAUUACAGAAUCGGCCUCCUAGCUAUAGUAACAGAAGUUUUCCGAUAAAGCCUCUCUGAUUUUGCAUUUGAAAAGUGGUAAUAUAUUUCAAUGUGAUAAUCAAAGUUGAUACCCCACUAGUGUAAAAAAAAUAUUUUAAAUAUCGCAUGAUAUUCUUCUUGGUCCCAUAGGGAAUGAGAUUUUUAGAACAGUGAGUUUGCAUAUAUGUAUGCCUUUCUAAUGUUCUUUGGACCAUUUAGGCAAGAAAAAAUAUGCGAAAAUAUUCUGUAGAUUUGAAUACUUAAAAUUUAAAAGAUAUAGAGAUACUCUACAUUUGUAAUUGAUGCGCUGGCGCAUUUGAAUUAAAAGCCUAGGUUGACCACGUAAUGAAAGACAUUUAUUUAUAAAAGAAAAAUGUUUAUUUAAGGCAAAAAUUAAUUCUCACGUAGUAUUUUUUUUAAUGUUUACUUCAAAAGACCUUUGUAUAUAUAUAUGGCGGAAUUCGAAUUAUUAACUCUAUUUAGGACUAGAAUCUCAUAAAGACAUACUAUUCUUGCCGAAAUGUAGGGUAAUAAUUUUUAUAUGUAAGCUUAUAACAAACAAUCAGUGAUAAUUUUAAGUCAAAAUUUGUUAUUCUUAAGAAUUUUUUUUCAAAUGAUUUUUUGACGAUACAAGACCUUAAAUACUCCGUUUGAAAAUUGGCAUCAAAGAUUGAUAGCUUAUUUGCAAACUUUUACGUAUUAUGUCAAAGUAAAAAAAUAUCGUAAAAAUAAAAUAGAAUAAUAGAGUUAAUCUCAUACUUUACAAUCAUUACUUAGUAUAACACAAGGUCACAUAAAGUUUAUUUAUACAUCCAAAAUAUUCUUGGCAUGGCAUACCGUGCGAAUCCGGGUCGGGUCGCUAGUAUCUAAUAGAUUGUAAGUGCAAAAGCUACGCCGAAACUCUUGCCUAUAUAACGUAAUGUGCAAUAAAUAAAUAAGUAAUUUUGACUUUUAGGUAGAUGACACUUUACUAAUAUCACUAUAUCCAUAGCUACUACCUUAUAGUUUUUUUUUCCUAUUUGGCGUUACUGGGAAAUUUUUUUCCUACUAAAUAUAUGUUAAACCCACAUCAAAUAAGAAAUGACCCCAGACUUUAUAUGGUAGUUUCUUCAUUCCGACCAAAAACUCAAGCGUGUUUUAUUUUAACAAAUACUUCAUUGAUCUCCCGACUUUUUCUAAUUCUAUUGGCGAUGUCAUCUGUCAAUAAGACUUCUCGCGAUCUUCAUUUUUAAGAGAUAAAAAAGUUAAUAAUGUGUCAAAAUGCUUUGAGUAUUCGGCCUUAAGUCUAUCAUGUCCACAUAUUUAUUAUAAAUUCUUAAUCGAAAAUCUCUUAUGAAUGUUUUUAUUGAUUUAAUUUAUCAUAAGUUCGUUCAGUCCGAUUUAUAAAUCAGGGUAAUUUUUAGAAUUUAAUUGAAAAGAUCGUUUUAUUGAUUUUUAUACAAAUUUUGAUGCCAUUUAAGAUUUCAUUUCCGCUAAUAAAAAAUGAGUGAUCCUUUGCAUUUUUGUGCUGCAAAUAACUUUAUGUUAAAUAUUUGUAUAUAACGUUAUUGUGACAGUGUUUAAAAAUAUCGUCAAAUAAUUUUGAAAUUUCUACUUAUACAUUUGCAUAAUAGUCAAAUAUUUAUUUUAAAAGCUAACAUAAGUUUGUUUUUAUAAAGAUAGUGUCUAAUUUAUGAAGCCAAAAAUAUAAGUAAACAUAUAUUUCAUAAAAUAUAUGACCAUGGACACAUUAUUAUCACAAAACGCAGUUAAGUGUGAUAACCAAUUACACCUACAAUUAAAAAUAUAUCUACAGGGUGACUGGUAUAUCUCGUGUAAUAUUUAGGAACUUAGUAAAUCACGAGCACGCUUAAAAUAAUAAUCUUUAAAACCUACUAUUAUUUUUUUAUUAUUUGGAAUGAGAAUCGGAUAGUUAGUGCCCCAUUUCAAUAUGCAACGCGAUUUAUCAGACACCCCGUAUAUAUUAUUAGAUGCGUUCUUAUUUUUAGUCAAAAAUGUAUCUUACUCAACUAGUCUUAAGUUAAAUCUUUAUUACCAAAGAAUCUUUUGUAAUAUGUUAUUGAAGGCUCUAAGUUACCGCAUUUAUUUUAGGUACAAUCUAGUCGUAAGAUGAUUCCAUUAUGUGUGUGUGUAUGUGUGUGUAGAUAUUAAAAUUAUAUCUAUAAAACUAAUAGUAAAAAUAUAGUGAAAUCAAGACAUAGGAAGGAUAACAAAAUAGUAGUUGUAAUUUAAAAAAAAUCUUGUAGAUAGAUUUUGUGCAUUUCAUUUGAUAAAACCAUUGGCUAAAAGACAUUAAAAAGAAAAAAAGUUAUUUGAUUAAAAAAAAAUAAAAGAUAAAUCGUUUUGCAAAAUUAUUCAUUAAAUAAUUGUUUGGAAAAUUAUAAAACCAGUUGUUAAAAAAAUGUAAAUAAGGUUGUAUAUAAUCUUCCUUCUCAGUAAGUAAUUUUGUCGAAUUAUAAGCUAAGUAGAUUUAUAGUUCCACACAAAGGUUUCUAAAAUAUCUUUAAAGCUUCCUAUGAGUAAUAUACGUAGGACGAAUAUGUGAAAUAAUGACUCAGUGUACAAAAACCAGUGUUUAAUUUGUAUAACAAAACAUUCAAAAAGUUUCUUAAUUUAACGAUUUUUUAAGCAUUUAUUUUGUAUUUAUUACGUAUGUAUAUGUUCUUUUUUAAAGAUCAUAAUUUGAUAUUGUCAUUGAUAUUAAUUUUACUGAUUUGCUCAAUUUGUGUUUGAUCCAAAUAAACA